CCGCCUUAUCAUCAGCCUCCUGCAGCGGCGGCGCUGGCCUUGUCCCCACCUGGGCGCCCACGAAGCGCACGUCCGGAUUGAGGAGUAUUUCACUCCGGGAUCCAGCUUCUCGAAAGCGUACUCCGGCCACAAGGCGCCAAUUGUCGGGGAUUCCGUCCUAGUAAACCUUGUACUGCCACUGCGAGCUGCACCUUUCUCGUGUUCCAUCAUGAACAGGAACAUGCAACCGCCCUCGGGGCGUCGCCGCUCGAUAUCGGACCCCCUCCUGGCUGCCCUCCAACCUCCCGCAGAUGAGUCCCAGCAGGAGCGCGAGGGCCGGCUGCACGCCGAGCAGGAGGCAAAAAAGCGCAGCGACACUAUAGACAGAAUGCUCCGCGACACCGAGCGACGGAAUCGCAAACAAAAACAGAUAAAGGUCCUCCUGCUCGGCCAAAGCGAGAGCGGGAAGAGCACUACUUUGAAACAGUUUCAGCUGCUGCACACACCCCAAGCGUUUCACGCAGAGCGCAUCGCCUGGCGAUUCGUCAUAUAUCUGAACCUGCUCCGCUCCGUGCGAAGGAUUCUCGAUGCGAUCUCGCCGGAAGCCGACGCCGCGCACAACGGAGUGGACGACGAUUACGAGGAGGCGACCGAGCCAGCGACGAUCGUCAUCAGCGCGAGAAACGGACAUGGGCACGCCGGCGCCGCUGCACAACAGAGCAGGGGCGGCAUCCCCUUCGAGCGGUACGUGCGCAACCUUGCGCCGCUCCUCGACAUCGAGCACCGCCUGCUCACGCAGCUCUCCGACCCGGAGGAUAACGUCGACAAGGAGGCGACACACCUCCCGCGCGCCGGCAGCAGCAGCAGCAACGGCGCGCGCGCGUACGAGGGAGAGGUGAGCGGCGAGGUCCUCCCCCGGAUCGUCAUCCCCGCCUCGGGCUCGCACUCGCUGCCGACGUCGCCUGUCACGCCGGGGACCGAGCCGUCGGUGCGCACGACGUCGAACUGGAAGAAGGCGUUUUCGCUUGGGAGGAUACAAAGUCCGAAAAACGUCCACUCUGGCGAGCUACAAGGCUGGUGGGAAGACCCAGAAGACCCCGUGCACAUCAUCAACCGCUGCGCACCGUACAUCGCGGAGCUGUGGAGGGACAAGAGGGUGAGGCAGAAGCUGACAGAGAGGCGCAUCAGGCUUGAGGAGAGUAGUGGCUUCUACCUCGACGAGCUGGACCGCAUCACAGCCAAGAUGUACUUCCCUACCGACGAUGAUGUUCUCAAGGCACGAUUGAAGACGACAGGCGUCGUCGAACACACGUUCACGGUCUCGAACCCUGAGUUCCGCGGCGUCGAGUGGAAGAUCUACGAUGUUGGUGGCGCGCGUCCCCAGCGGCAGGCGUGGGCACCGUACUUUGAUGACGUCGAUGCCAUAAUCUUCCUCGCGCCCAUCAGCGCGUUCGAUCAGGUGCUCGCAGAGGACCCACGGACGAAUCGACUGGAGGAUUCGCUCUACUUGUGGCAGUCGGUGGUAUCGAACAAGUUGUUGGCAAACGUGAAUAUAAUUCUGUUUUUGAAUAAGUGUGAUCUCCUACGAAAAAAACUCGAAAGUGGCGUGAAGUUACGGCAUCAUAUGUCAGGUUACCGCGAUAAACCGAACGACUAUGACUCGGUGUAUGGCUACUUCAAGCUCAAAUUCGGCGCAUUACAUCAACAUUACUCUCCAAACCGGGACCGCGAACUUUACAUUCACGGAACUUCGGUGAUAGAUACACGAAGCACGCGAACUAUCAUUCUCACUGUGCGGGAUAUCAUCUUGCAAGGGAACCUAAGAAACACUGCUUUGAUAUGAUCUUGCCCGCGCUGGACGGGAUUGAGGUUAUCUUGUUACUGUCUUACCUUUCGCUACUCGUCUUUCCACAAGAUCUCUGAAACGGCUCUUCUCUGCAUUUCCAAUACCCUAUACACUCUGUAGUCUUAGUCCGGCAACUUCGCGUCUUUCUCAAGCCCGCAUACGCUACUCAUCUUGUAUUCGCCCGCGCCUUCGUUACGUGUACUUUUCCCGCC